CCCACAAUGCAGUUCGCGGCGCGGCGGACAUGGCGGUGGAGUCCUGAGCUCGUCGUGUCCUGGCCUCCAUCGGCGGCGGCGACGGCGGCGGCGGCGACGGCGACGGGGGCGGCAGCGGCGGCGGGAGGCGGAGGGGGAGCCGGAGCCUCUGAGAUGAGGAGGCGUCGCGCGCGCCUGUAGCUCGCGGGCUUCUCAGUUUGCUUGCCUAAAGUAGAUUUGGAGCAGUUCAUACACCUGAGCCCUGCUAUUCUACAGCGUCAGAUUGGAAAGAGUCAGAUUUUCAAAUAAUGGAAGAGCCCAAGACUUCUAAAAACGAAAAUCAUGAACCAAAGAAGAAUAUUAUUUGUGAAGAAAGCAAAGCAGUUAAAAUUAUAUCUAAUCAAACCUUGAAGCCUAGAAAUGAUAAGUCAGAAAUUGGGACCAGCUCUCUGAAUAGAAAUAGUAGUAAAAAAACCAAGCAAAAUGAUAUUUGUAUAGAAAAAACAGAAGCUAAAUCAUGUAAAGUAAACGCUGCCAGUGUUCCAGGCCCUAAAGAUUUGGGGUUAGUACAUCGAGAUCAAAGUCAUUGCAAAAUGAAAAAGUUACCAAAUUCACCCAUGAAAGCCCAGAAGGGAUCUUCACAGACAAAAUUAGAAAAGACACCUAGUUUACAGACAAAAGCAGAAAAAGUACCAAAGUCUCCAAAUUUACCAGUAAAAGCAGAAAAAGCGCCCUGUACAACAGCAGAAGCAACAACAGAAAAAGCACUUAAUUCACAGAGAAAAGAAGAAAACACACCCACUUCUCAGAUGAAAUUACAGAAGACACCCAGAUCACCUUUAGAGCCAGAAAAUGUGCCCAGUUUACUAUUGAAAGAAAAUGUGAAACAGACAGAAUCACAACAGACUGGGAAGAAACUUACAAGCUCCUUUGUUUCUAUGGAUAAAAGGAAGAGUGAAGCUCUACAGGGAGAAAAGUCAGCUCUGGAAAACUCAUCACUAUCUCAGAAGCAGCAGACUCAGACAGAUAAUAUUGCUGAUUCUGAUGACAGUGCUUCAGGGAUUGAAGAUACAGCAGAUGAUUUGAGUAAAAUGAAGAGUGAGGAAUCUAACAAAGAAAAUUCUUCUGAGAUGGACUAUUUAGAAAAUGCCACUGUAAUAGAUGAAUCUGCUUUGACACCUGAGCAGAGGCUAGGCUUGAAACAAGCAGAAGAACGUCUAGAAAGAGAUCACAUCUUCCGACUUGAAAAACGGUCACCAGAAUAUACCAAUUGCCGCUAUCUAUGCAAACUUUGCUUAAUUCACAUUGAAAACAUCCAAGGAGCACAUAAACAUAUAAAAGAAAAACGACAUAAGAAAAAUAUUUUGGAAAAACAAGAAGAGAGUGAACUUCGGUCUCUUCCAUCUCCUUCCUCUGCUCACUUGGCUGCUUUAAGUGUUGCAGUUGUUGAGUUAGCAAAAGAACAAGGAAUAACAGAUGAUGACCUCAGAAUCCGCCAGGACAUUGUGGAGGAAAUGUCAAAGGUUAUAAUGACAUUUUUACCAGAAUGUUCACUGAGGUUGUAUGGUUCAUCUCUGACAAAGUUUGCUCUGAAAAGCAGUGAUGUUAAUAUAGAUAUAAAAUUUCCUCCCAAGAUGAAUCAUCCAGAUCUUCUGAUACAAGUGCUUGGAAUUCUGAAAAAAAGUGCAUUAUAUAUAGAUGUGGAAUCUGAUUUUCAUGCUAAAGUUCCUGUUGUGGUGUGCAAAGAUCGGAAAAGUGCUUUACUGUGUAGAGUAAGUGCAGGAAAUGAUAUGGCGUGUCUCACAACUGACUUACUUGCUGCUCUUGGCAAAGUGGAACCCGUCUUCACUCCCUUAGUGCUAGCUUUUCGCUAUUGGGCUAAGCUGUGCUAUAUUGACUCCCAAACUGAUGGUGGAAUCCCUUCUUACUGCUUUGCUUUGAUGGUGAUGUUUUUUCUUCAACAAAGAAAACCCCCUCUUCUUCCUUGCUUACUUGGAAGUUGGAUUGAAGGCUUUGACCCGAAAAGAAUGGAUGACUUUCAGCUGAAGGGCAUAGUAGAAGAGAAGUUUGUGAAGUGGGAAUAUAAUUCAAGUAGUGCAACUGAGAAAAACUUAAUUGCUGAUGAAAACAAAGCUAAGGCAGACGAACCAAAAGAUGAUACCAAGAAGACAGAAACAGACAACCAAAGUAAUGCUGCGAAGGCAAAACAUGGCAAAUCUCCUUUAACAUUGGAAGCACCAAAUCAGGUACCCUUGGGACAGUUGUGGUUGGAGCUGCUAAAAUUUUACACACUGGAUUUUGCUUUGGAGGAAUAUGUCAUAUGUGUACGGAUACAAGAUAUUCUAACUAGAGAGAACAAAAACUGGCCUAAAAGGCGGAUAGCCAUUGAAGAUCCAUUUUCAGUCAAGAGGAAUGUUGCCCGGAGCUUAAACAGCCAGCUUGUAUACGAAUAUGUUGUGGAAAGAUUCAGAGCAGCUUAUCGAUAUUUUGCCUGUCCUCAAAAGAAGGGUGGAAAUAAAUCUACAAUGGAUCCUAAGAAGAAAGAGAAGGGGAAGCUAAGCAGUAAGAAACCAGUGAAGUCUGAUUGUUCGGCAACCAAUUGUUGCAUUCUUGGGGAAAGUGCAGAAAAAAUACAUAUGGAAAGAGGCCAACCUGCUAAACAUGAUGAAACGGAGUUUACAUCACAGAGAUGUAUUGUUGAUAAUGACAGUUUAUUGGUAAAUGAACUAGGUUUGGCUAACCAUGGACAAGAUUCUUCAUCUCUUUCUACUGCCAGUGGAGGCAGUGACUUAAAGCAAAAAUCAGCUGAGAAACAAGGUGAUUUAACACCUUCAGAAACUUCCUUAAAGAAGGAACUCAGCCAGUGUAUUUGCAUUGGGACCCCUGAUGGAGCUGAAUCUGCUGGAACAGACUGCAGAUCAAACUUAGAAAUGGACAGUUCACAUCAGAUUGUGUGCAACAAUGUAUCUGCUACCUCUUGCAACUGCAAAGCUACAGAAGUUACUUCUGACCUUGUUGAUGAGGAUAACCUCCCCUCCCAGGAAUUAUAUUAUGUGUUUGAUAAGUUCAUUUUAACCUCUGGCAAGCCGCCAACAAUAGUAUGCAGCAUCUGCAAAAAGGAUGGCCAUUCAAAAAAUGAUUGUCCAGAGGAUUUCAGGAAAAUUGAUCUAAAACCUCUACCACCAAUGACAAACCGAUUUCGAGAAAUACUUGAUUUAGUAUGUAAAAGAUGUUUUGAUGAAUUAUCACCACCUUGCUCUGAACAACACAACAGGGAACAAAUUUUAAUUGGCUUGGAAAAGUUUAUUCAAAAAGAAUAUGAUGAAAAAGCAAGAUUGUGCUUAUUUGGUUCUUCUAAGAAUGGAUUUGGAUUCCGAGAUAGUGAUCUGGAUAUUUGUAUGACUCUGGAAGGCCAUGAAAAUGCAGAGAAAUUAAACUGUAAAGAAAUAAUUGAAAAUUUGGCGAAAAUUCUUAAGAGGCAUCCAGGUUUAAGAAACAUUCUGCCUAUAACUACUGCCAAAGUGCCUAUUGUAAAAUUUGAACACAGGAGAAGUGGACUAGAAGGUGAUAUCAGUUUAUAUAACACAUUGGCUCAACACAACACAAGAAUGCUAGCUACUUAUGCAGCUAUUGAUCCUAGAGUACAGUACUUGGGAUAUACUAUGAAAGUGUUUGCAAAGCGCUGUGACAUUGGAGAUGCAUCUCGGGGAAGUUUAUCUUCAUAUGCUUACAUCCUUAUGGUGCUGUACUUUCUGCAGCAAAGAAAGCCACCAGUUAUCCCAGUUCUACAAGAGGGAACAGACUGUCCAUAAUGGGGUAGGUACUUCUGCGUCAAUUACCUAUUAAGACAGUCCUCCACAGAAAUGUGUACUGGCCAAUCCUUGAUUUAGGCAAUCCUUUAUUCAUGUUCUCUUUAAGAGAUGAUUCUAUGUUCUGACAGAUUGACAGUUAAUUAUUGAAGGGUUCGAGAGAUGGCUCAGCAGUUAAGAGCACAAGCUGUCUUUGUUGAGCACUCAGAUUCAUUUCCCAGAUUCAUAUGGCAGCUCACAAUUGUUUCAAUUCCUGUCUGUGGCUGGGCAUCUUAUAGCCUCUUCUGGCCUUCCUGGACACCAGGCACACAAAUGGGACACAGACAUUUGCGCAGGCAGUACACCCAUACACAUAAAAUAAAUGUUUAAAGUUACUCUCACACACAUGCACUUUGAGGGGAGAGCAGACUUAAACAUAUUCAAAUUAAGUAAUAUGUAUUUACAUUUUCUUCAUGUUUUUUCAUUGGUUUAUUUCUUUAUCUUAUGUCAGUUUCUUUAUCCAGUUUUGCACUGAAGGACAUCUUAAUUACUUUUAAGUUUUGACAAUUAUAGUUAACAAAUGAUACAACGAUCCCCAUGAAUGAGGUUGGCUUGAUGUACUCAUAUACUCCCAGCAGUUGAGGGGUUGAGGCAGAAAGAUUGUAAGUUCAAGGCCAGCUUGGGCUAUGGAGCAAGACCUCGUCUCAAAAAUCAAAAUCAAUUAAAAAAAACAAAACACAAGUCUGGGGGAUAGUAGUUGUGUUUGUCAAGUGUUUGCAUAGCAUGCAUAAGACCCUGGAUUUGAUUCCCAGCCCCACAUAAAGGAAGCAUAGAGGUGCCUGUUAUCUUAGCUUCUGGAGAUGGAAGUUGAAGAUCAGGAAGAGAUCAAGGUUAUUUUCAUCUACAUACUAAGUUUGGGGUCAAAGUGAGACCCUAUCUGAAACUAACAAAAAGACCCAGUUGCAGGUUUUUAUAUUGGAUGUGUUUUUCCAGUCUUCCAAGCAAAUACUAUUAAGUAGGAUUAGUGAAGCAUGUAAUUGAAUAUUUACUUUUUUAAAGUAAAAUUUCUGAACUCUUCCAAAGUGGCUGUAUCAUUUUGUUUUCCAAUCAGAAAAGAGGAAAAGUUCUUCUUGUUCCACAUCCUUACCAGAAUUGGGUGUUAUCUGUGUUCUUCACUUUGGCCGUUCUAUUAGAUGUGUAUGUGUGUAUGUCUCUGCAUGAAUGUAUACCAUGUGGGUAUUUGAAACAAAACUUUGGUUCUCUGUGAGAGCAGCUCAUGAUUUUAAAGACUUAACCAUCUCGGUAGCCCUGGUCUUUAGCAAAUUUUUUAAAGUGACAUGUAUCACAAGGAGACGCACAAGUAAACUAGAUUUAGAUUCAGUUGGUUGGGCAAGCAUGAGGUUCAGACAAGGAUUGGACAGAAAAAUAAAAAUUAGUUCCAAGAAGAAGCAGAGAAAGACUUCAUGCAGAAGUACCAUUCAUAGUGCCACUGCUUAGCUCUGCUCUGCCAAAGGAGAACCCUGCAUAUUUUAUUAUUCUUAUCAAUUCUUAUUAUGGAGGAUUUUUUUUGUUAUUUUUGUCAUUGUGGUUUUUGCUUUGUUUUUUAAUUUUAUAAAAUUUUCUUUGUAGCCCUUGGCUGGCUUAGUACUUAAUAUAUACAACAGACUGGUCUUGAAGUUUUGGUGAUCCUUCUAAUUUUGCUUCCUGAGUGCUAGGAUUUUAUAGUCUUGUACUACCAUGCCUAACUGUGUUUAUAUUUGGGGGAUAUAGUUUGUGUGUGUGUGUGUGUCUGUGUGUGUCUGUGUGUGUCUGUGUGUUGUAUUGCUCAGGCUUUUCUUGAACUCCUAAGUUUAUUUGAUUCUUCUUCAACUUGGAAGUAGUUGUGAGUCACUAUGCUUGGUUUUCCUUUCAUUUUCAUGAAUGGGUAUUGAGUUUUACUAGAUGCUUUUUUGUGAAUAUGUUGAAAAUAGCAGUCUCACUUUUCUCCUUUUUAUUAAUGUGAUUGAUGAGUUUGACUUUAGUAUGUUGAAAAGUUGGGAUAUAACUCCCUUGGUCUUGAUGUAUAAUUAUUUUGAUACAUUGAUUCAUUGCUUUAAAAAUGUUACUAGCUAUUGAUUUAAUUUCUUUGACUUAUACAGGCCUUUUUUUUCCUUGUUCAUUUUGGUAGAAUGUACCUUUUAAAAAUGGUUUUAGCUGGGUAUAUAUCUCAUGCUUGUAUUGAAGCACUUUGGGAGGCUGAGGCAGGAUCUUCCUGCCUUUGCUUCCCAAGUGCUGGGAUUAAAGGCAUACAACCACUAAACUUGGGUUGGCUUUUAUUUCUUAGUGCCCAGAAGUAACCUUUCCUCAUUUCUUGCCAACAGAAACAUAGUCUAGGCUCCAGGUUAUAGACACUGUGUCUGAGACAACUAAGACACAUACUAGCAGGAAAGAAGAUGGUCUUGGGCUGUUUUAUAGCCAUCAUUGUAUCCAUGACCCCAAGACAAUGUUGAUCAAAUCUCUCUAUAAGGAGAAAACCCAUAUCAUAUCCUGAUGGUAACUUUUUAAAAGUUGGAUGAUUAUUAUAGAAUUGUGUUUGUUUUUUUUAAAGACAUGGUUGCCCUAUAUAAUUCUGGAACUAAUUAUGUAGAUCAGGCUGUCCUUGAAUUCACAGAGGUCUGCCUGCCUCUACCUCUUAAGUACUGGGAUUAAAGUUAUGUACCAUUAUGACUAGCUUUCAGUAAAGACUAUUUAGAAAUUUCCAUAAUUUAAAUUAGGCUUGCCAAAGCCCAUUUUUAUCACUUUCUGUAUUUUAUACUUUUUUCUUUUUUUUUUUUAAGAUUUAUUUAUUGGUUAUAUGUAAGUACACUGUAGUUGUCUUCAGACACUCCAGAAGAGGGAGUCAGAUCUCGUUACUGAUGGUUGUGAGCCACCAUGUGGUUGCUGGGAUUUGAACUCUGGACCUUCGGAAGAGCAGUCGGGUGCUCUUACCCACUGAGCCAUCUCGCCAGCCCUUUAUACUUUUUUCAGUUGAUGGUAUACAUGAGUGGGCCACAGAUUUUUUUUCAGAGUAUUUUCUGUGAUCUCUCAUGGAUUAAUAAUCAUUGAGGCAGCAUUGGCUAAUAUAUGUGGGUAUUUUAUUUGGGCUUAGAAUUUAUUCAAACCCAUAAUUAUGAUAGUAUGGGCUUUAACCACCUGCCUAACCUUCAGGAUUGUGAGUUUCAUUAUCAGUAAAACUAUAAUACCACGGGCAGAUGUGAUACGGGAGAAUGAUUUCAAGUUUAAGCUACAUAGCAAGAUUCUGUCUUAACAGACACAACCAAAUAAUGUAGGAAUAGUAUUUUUUAUUGUUAUGUACAUCAGAGACCCUGAAGUGGUUUUUAGGUGGGUUCAAGUCUAUAAUUAGCAAGUGGCUCACAAGACUGGGAUAUACCAAGCAGCUCUAAACUAACCUAGCUACAUACUAACACCUUUCUUCAAAAGUUUUUUUUUUUUUUUUUAAAAAAAAAGCAAGUUGAUCAUAUAUUCACCUUUAAUCUUAGUCUUCAAAGAGGCAGAGGUAAGGGACCUCUGGGAGUUCCAGGCCAGCCUGGUCUAUAUGGGGACUCCAGGCCAAUCAAGGGUACAUAGUGAGACCCUGUCUUAAGCAACCUAAUAAAUGAAACCCAGAAAUUGAAUGCCUUUUAAACAAUAGAUAUUAAAAUAGGUGUUCAUAGUGAUGUUUGUUUUAAAUAUUCUUCCACCAUAUUUUUGUGAUUAUUAUUACCAAAAUUAUUAUUACUGUUAAGAGAAAUAUAGGAUUCUUUUAUUCAACUGAAAAUUUCCCAUGAUCUGUUUUUAAAAUAUUACUUUCAUUUUUUUAAGAUUAUACUAUGAUUACAUUAUUUCCCCCUUCCCUUUCUCCUUCCAAAUUCUCCCCUAUACCUUCUUUGCUCCCUUUCAGAUUCAUGGCCUCUUAAAAAUAUAGAAUGCUUCAUGAAUUUGCUAUCCUUCUCGUGCAGAGGCCAUGCUAAUCUUCCCUGUGUCAAUUCAGUUUAAGUAUAUGUGCUGUUGAAAGAGAACACUCCAUUAUCUUUUUAACAGACCAUAGUUGUUAAAAUGAUAGGCAAUCAAUCCAGGCAGUGGUGGUACACGCCUUUAAUCCCCGCACUUGGGAGGCAGAGGCAGGUGGAUUUUUGAGUUCGAGGCCCACCUGGUCUACAAAAGUGAGUUCCAAGACAGCCAGGGCUAUACAGAGAAACCCUGUCUCAAAAAAACCAAAAUAGGCAAUCAGUGUACCCAGUAUGAGUUGGGACAGUGUGGAGACUGAUACUGUUAGACUGAUGAUGUGUAUGAUUUUGCUUCUAGGCCUUUUUGGUUGUCAUAUGGGUUUGUGUUUUCUGAUAUUAUUUAAGUAUUGGAUACAGAUCAAAUUUUUUUUACUGUUAAUGAUUUAUUUAAUAACAUUAAUUAUCUCUGGCUUCAUUUGCAAUUAAAUUUAACUUUAAAUAGCUAGUUAUUCAGGUUUAGUUAAGGUUUUGUUUUAUGGUACUGCGGAUUGAUCCCUGGGCCCUUUUCAUGCUAAGCAAAUGCUAUACCAAUGAUCAGUAUUCUCACGGUCCCUUAUAAUGUUAAAUAUUUUAUAAAUUUAUAAUUUUUAUGUUAUAUUACAGAUUAUAUUUUAUGUCAACCUUGCUAAAUUGCUCAGACUGGCCUGUCAUUACUAUGCCGCUGUCUUUAGAGUAGUUGGGGUUUCAGGUAUAGCACCACACCACACCAUGAUUUGGCUUUUGGAGUGUUGUUUUGCUUUUGUAGUUCUGGGGAUUGAACCUUUAGGCUAGGGCUCUCCCACCAAACUGAGUUCCUAACCCAUGGAGGGUUUUUUGUUGUUGAUCAAUAAUACAUUCAGGUCAAAAGGAACUUUCUUAAGCAGAGUUUUUUUUUCUGUUCCAGCAAAUCGUAAGUCCAAGAACAUUCUUUACAUAAAAAUUAACAGUAAAAGAGAUUUAGGAGUGUUGUUCUUAGUUGAUUACAUGAAAAUUUAUCCUUUCUUAAACUAUAUCAACUGGAAAAUUAAAUUUAAUCAAAGAACCUUGAGGACAUUAUACCAAAUGAG